GCUGAACUAAUGACUGCCUCGAUCGGAAGACACUGAGCUGAGUAUCCUCCCAAACAAAGCUGACAUUGGAAACCAUGAACGACACAGUGAUGAAGGGCUUCAACGGGUCUGAGAGGUGCCCCAGGGACAUGCAGGCAGCACACCUGGUGUUCCCAGCCAUCUACACUGUCGUUUUCUUCAUGGGCAUCCUGCUGAACACUUUGGCCCUGUGGGUGUUCAUUCACAUCCCCAGCUCCUCCACCUUCAUUGUCUACCUCAAAAAUACUUUGGUGGCCGACUUGAUAAUGACGCUCAUGCUUCCGUUUAAAAUCCUCUCAGACGCGCGCCUCGGACCCUGGCAGCUCAGAGCCUUUGUGUGUCGAUUCUCUGCCGUCGUCUUUUAUGAGACCAUGUAUGUGGGCAUCACACUGCUGGGGCUCAUAGCCUUUGACAGGUUCCUCAAGAUCAUCAGACCUUUUGGAAAAUUUUUCGUACAAAAACCUGCUUUUGCAAAAGUGGUCUCAACCCUCAUCUGGCUCUUUUUGUUCUUCCUCUCCCUGCCAAAUAUGAUCUUAAGCAACAAGGAAGCAACACCGUCAUCUGUGAAAAAGUGUGCCUCCUUAAAGGGUCCUCUUGGGCUGAAAUGGCAUGAAGUGGUGAAUUACAUUUCCCAGUUCAUUUUCUGGACUGUUUUUGUCCUAAUGCUUCUAUUCUAUAUGGUGAUUGCAAAAAAGGUAUACAAUUCUUAUAGGAAGUCCAAGAGUAAGGGCAGCAAAAACAGCAAAAGGCUAGAAGGUAAAGUAUUUGUUGUCGUGGCUGUCUUCUUUGUGUGUUUUGCUCCAUUUCAUUUUGCCAGAGUCCCAUAUACUCACAGUCAAACCAACAGUAAGACUGACUGUCGACUGCAAAAUCAACUGUUUCUAGCUAAAGAAACAACCCUUUUUUUGGCAGCAACUAACAUUUGCAUGGAUCCCUUAAUAUAUAUAUUCUUAUGUAAAAAAUUCACAGAGAGGCUACCAUGUAUGAAAGGGAGAAAGACUGCAGCAACCACCCAGGAAAAUCAUACGAGUCAGUCAGACAAUAUAACCCUAAGCUGAUAACUUUAUCACGGUUAACGAUUGACUGACAAGACUUCAAAAGACAAUUUACUUGGAAAUCAAAUGUAAGCAGUGAAAGAAAAGAUGGCUUCGAGCAAAUGCUUUCUUACAUUUGACUAUCCUCGCGUACAGAAAGGAUUAUAUAAAUUUUAAUUCCACGUAGAUCUAUUCAUAAGCUGAAUGAAGUAUCCGUAAGAGAAUGCAACAGGAAGCAAACAGACACUAGAAGUCACCUUCUCAAGAGCGUUCACUUACACUUUGGAAAAGAUUUAGCGUGGGGAAAUGUAUAUUCCUAAAAAUACCUAUUUUCUAAUUAUAAAAAACAUAUUCCUCCACUCUAAAACACCUCCUCACAUUCUUCUGCACAUGCAAUUCAAACAACACUACUGCUUUUGUAUCCCACCUGCUGAUUUAAAAAGAAAAAAACCCAAAAAACCCACCUUGCGAGUCCUUUGGUGAAAACUUAGGCUAGAGGUUGAAAGGGAUGCUAGAUGUAAAGCGUCUGGGGAAUAGGUCAGAAAGCCCAGAUACCUGAUGAAGGCGCUUCUCCUUACAGUUACAGCCUCUUUCCCAGUAUGCAGCUACACCAUAGGAGGCACAAGCAGCAUUAUUAAGCCACAUAAAACAUUGUACUGUAAUACUUCGCUUACAUCCUGAGUGUGUACAAAUUCAAGGGCAAGAAUACUGUAUUCUUAUUCUUUGGAAUCCCCCCUCUGCCCAGCAAAUACUCUAACGGUGGUUGAAUAUUCCACCUACUCAGCAAAGCCUUCCUGGGCCAGCACCUCCGUGCUCCUUCCUCAUGUCUCUGGUUGAAAAUAAUUACCUCUCCUACUGUUUGGGUAUGUGUUAGGGCUCUCAAUGCUGAGUUCCUUUUACUAGCUUGCUGUAUUCUUUUUUUUUUAGAAGUUGUUUUUUAAUAGAUUUAUUUAUUUAUCUUUGGCUGCGUUGGGUCUUCGUUGCUGUGAGCGGGCUUUCUCUAGUUGCGGCGAGCGGAGGCUACUCUUCGUUGUGGUGUGGGGGCUUCUCACUGUGGUGGCGUCUCUUGUUGCGGAGCACAGGCUCUAGGCACACAGGCUUCAGUAGUUGUGGCUCGCGGGCUUCAGUAGUUGUGGCACACGGGCUCAGUAGUUGUAGCCCGCGGGCUCUAGAGCGCAGGCUCAGUAGUUGCGGCGCAUGGGCUUAGUUGCUCCGCAGCAUGUGGGAUCUUCCCAGACCAGGGCUCGAACCCGUGUCCCCUGCAUUGGCAGGCAGAUUCUUAUCCACAGCCACCAGGGAAGUCCCUAGCUUGCUGUAUUCUUAACUGCAUCCCCCAAAGAUGGUUAGGAUUUUUUAAGAAAGACAACAUAUUUUGAAGACAGAAAAUAUGUCAUGUUUUCUUAGGAUCUCCCACAAUACUUCCCACAGAGGAUAAAUUACAAAUGUUUUAAAAAGAAUAUGUCAUCGUUAUGCCAUUCUUGGUACAUAUAUAGAUAGAACUGCUGACCCACGAUCAGUAACAUCUAUACUGGGAAAUUUUUAGAGGAUGGUGACCUACUUGUACUUAUUUACCUCCAUAUGUUUUCCUGAAUCCCUCUGUGGUUCAAAAAAGAGCUGCUAAAGUAUGGUUAUCUGGAAUUGUAGAUGCUGAUUUGCACCUUCUAGAUAAAAUGUACAAAGGAGUAGUCAUGCCCUGUAGAUGUGCCACUAGUUCCAAUACAACCAUCAGACUGUGAACCCCAGGCCUCUUUCCAUGGCCUCAAAGGCACUGAAGGCCCUGGAACUUGCCCACCUUUCUGGCCUUUUUUCCUAAGCAUUCUUCCAUCCUUGGAAAUUCACACUCUCGUAUAAGUUUAUAAUUAUCAGAAAAUGCCAUGCUCCUUUUUUGCCCCUGUGUCAUUGCACUUGUAAAUGUCCCUCUGACUCACCAAGAAAACUCUUAUCCAUCCGUGGAACCCUAAGUCGCCAGCACUUAAACCAUGAAAUCUCAUCUGGCUAAAUUCCCACCACCACCUCAAACCCAAUCACUCCAUCAUCUGUAUGUUGUCACACCUCAAUUAUUAUAAUGAUCACACUGCUUUGUAAUUACUGUCUCAUACAUGUAUCCACUCUUUUAA